AUGCCGCUGGGCGUGGCUGGCACCACGGGCAAGAAGUUCUGCUACAUUUGCUACGACGGAGACGAGUUCCCGGACACCAACCCGCUGGUUGCCCCCUGCCACUGCAAGGGCGACACCAAGUACGUGCACCUGGACUGCCUGCAGCGCUGGAACAACAACUUGGACGCGGACGGCACCAACCCGAACCAGAAGGUGUGCGCGGUCACCAACACGGACGGACUGGAUGUGUGCAGCAUCUGCAAGGCCACGUAUCUGACGAGUGUGCGUCUGGAGGAUGGCCGGGUGGUGUCGCUGCUGGCCAAGAAGCUGCCGCCACCGUACGUCACAUUCGCCGUUGUCACGCAGCACGAGACGCGGAACCGCUCGACGGCACUCACAAACACGCGUUUCCAGCUCAGCUUCGCGAAUUUGCCGCGUAGCCAACAAUUCCUGACCAUCGGUCGGUCGACUACAAACAACAUGACGCUGCGGUACCGCACCGUGUCCCAGUUGCACGCCAAGGUCAAAUACCAGGAUAACAACUUCUUCCUUUUUGAUUCUUCAAGUUCGAACGGCACAAUGUUAUUCCUGAGCAAACCUCUGGAACUGGAAUGGAACAAGACGAUGCACGUGAAGAUCGGACGCACGAUCCUU